GCCAGGAUCUGACAGUGCCACUAGUAGGAUCCCGGCGGCCUUACAGGGUUUUCCAGAGCUCCCCGUAGCUGCUGUUCCGCCUUCUUCCCGCUGUGAGAGUGACUUGUGGAGGCUAACUGUCCGCGGGAGGGUCGCUGUUAGAGCCGGAGACACGCUGCACCAAGCUGCUUGGAGUUACUGAGAAGUUACUACGAAAGAAUCACUGUAGUGGACCAUCAAGUGCCCUCCAGACGAAUAAAAAAGAGGAGGAGACUGCUUUACAGGCAGUGCUGUGUUGGAGAGACAGUGGAGUCCAGGCUGGAGAAGAGAGAGGCAGAGGAGGAAGCAUGUCUACUGACCAGGAGCCCACGUACACAGUCAAGCUGCUGCAGCUUCUACUGCUCUCCACCUACUGGGGCAUGCAGAUCUGGGUCACCUUCAUUUCAAGCUUUGUGAUGGACAACCACUUAAACAGACACACAUAUGGGUUUAUUCAGAGUCGUCUUGUCCCGUUCUACCUCCACUUGGGUUCUGCUUGUGCCUUCUUUAACCUCACUAUCUACGCAGUGUACCAUCCCAGUGACAUGCUGGACGACAGAGAAGCUUUCCAGAUCUUCAUCUUCUUUGUGUCGGUGACAGUCGCAGCUGUCAACGCUCAGUGGUUUGGCCAGAUGGCGUCAGAGAUCAUGGCGGACAUGCACCUGAUUGAGCAGGCGUGCGGACUGGGUCAGGAUAUUGGCUUGUCAUCGAACAGGGAAGCUUACGCCAAGCUGUGUGACACGGAUGUCAAGUACAGACACUUCAGCAGUCGUCUGUGGCUGUACAGACUGCUUUCCUCUCUGUGUAACCUCUGCUGCAUAGGCUGCAACUUCUACAGCCUGUGCUACAUGGCCGAGAACCUUGGCACGCUGUAAACCUUUUUAUGUAAAGCAUCACAUCUUUUUUUCUCUCUGUCUUGUUAGUUAUGAGAUGAACAGCGAGGUUGAUUUUGUUCCUUGGGAAAUAAUGGAAAGAGUCAGCCUCCAUGUAUAGAUUUUGGUCCUCUUUUUAUUGUUUUGUUGUUGGUUUUGAGACAAUCAUGGUCACUAAAGCGAGAUGAAUCAGCACCUGCAAUGUGAGCAAUGUCUCACCUUUCACCUAGUGUGGCUGAGGCUGCUGUGCACUGCUGCCUGGUGAAGUUACCAAGAUAGCAGUACGGUGCCUUACAGGAAGGUAAAACAUGUUUUUAUAAACUUGCAGUAUCAGAUACACCGUAGCAGGAAACAAAACACAUAACGCACCGCACUUUCUUAUUUUUAAGCCACAGAAAACAACUUUUAUUUUAAGGGAGCUGCCAAUUGCGCCGCUCAGUCCUGCUCUUCUUGUUUGGGUGGAGUUUUAACACAUCACUCACCCCCAGCAGAUGUCACACUUUGAUCUAGUGUCACAAGUUUGUCCUGUUUUAACUUAGGUUACCUUUGGAGCACCUUUGCUUCACGUUUCAAAGUGAAUGCUCAGACUAUCUUUAGCUCUCCCGGCUGCUGUUGCAACGAAAAAGGACACUUGUACUAGUUGGUAGACAAUCAAUACCACUUUUAACCCAUCCGAAACACACCUAUGCCAGUGGAUUGAUUAUUGGUACAUAUUAAUCAAUCGAUCAAGUUUAUUUAUCAUAAUCAUAUAAAGUACGAUCACAGUGUAAUCCCGUUAGUUCCUUCAGUUUGUGCAUUUAAAAGAUUUUACAGAAUUGGUUUUCAUAAACUUUUACAGUGUUUUGAUCUGUAAAUGUCAUGAGAUUGUUGUGCAGAGUUUUGAGUCUGUCCUUCAUGUAGAGCUUCUAUUUAUUUCCUCUUUAUCCAUCAGGGUGUCCUCGAGGAAGGGACUAUCACUGUGAAGUAAACAAUAAUUUUGUUUAGCGGGUGUAAUGGUUGUUGUACUUAUCUGGUGGACUGUGUUGUGGCUUUGGUCCAGCGGGUAGUACAGAGGCACCAUUUUUUGGAACGGUUGAUUUAUGGGAUAGUUGAGACUUGCUGAGAUGAUGUGGGUCUAAUUCGACUGGAUGACACCUCUGCGCUCAGCUUUCAUUUCACAUCCAGGAUGACCUUACAGUGUGCUAAAGGGGAAGAUCACAUCAGCUCUUGUAUAUGUUGGUGAAGGAUUUUACAGACCUACAGACUCUGUAGCUCGACUUCAAGUUGUGUUUUGAUUUGGUUUAUAACGCUUCAUUUUACUAGACAUCAAUCUCUUACGAUCUGGCUGUGAGGGAAAAUUAUGCAGCUAUGAUUAGAAUUUGAAGCCAAAACAUUAUGAAUUGUAGAGUUGUGUUCUCUGGCAGUACAUGUGUUCUACAACCCUGUGGAUUUCCUGUCUGGGCUGGAGUGAAGCAGGAAGUGCAUCAGAUUGAUUAUCACCCGUGCUUAUGCUCAUCAGCUGUAUAAGCUGUAAGAAGCAGUCUUUCUCUCUCGCUGGGUGCACUGUUUGUUGUUUGUGACAGUUUUUUCUUUCACUUUUCUUCGUUCGUUGCAUUCAUUGAAACACUCAACGCACUGCUGAUGGUACUGAUUUACAGAAUUUAAAUUGGCCAUGGUUAACUUAUAUUUUGUUAAAUAAAUAUUAAGUUCUAAGUCGUGGGUCAUCCUUUCCUCUUUGUCUGCCUCUCGAGUCGGGCUGUGACAGGUGUCAGUUCGAAUAGAGAGGAUCUGCGGUCAGUUAGAUAUUUUGUCAUCUUUUUGCACAGAUUGAAAUAAUGUAAACAAACUCCUCUCUGAUAGGACGACCCCUCCUUGUUGUAGCCGCUAAAAUGUACCCUGUCUGUUGGUGUGUUUGUGGAGUGUUGUUGUUGUGUAAACCAAAGAUUAAAAAAAAAAAAAAAAAAACACAAACAGCACUUGUAAUCGAAGUAGAGGCAGCUGAGUAUAGAUUCCUCUUAUAUGUGCAGACUGGACUGAUGAAGGUGCUCAUUAUGUGCCCGUUCUGGGUCACAAUGCUACUGGCAAUGAGAAUGCAAUAUUAUUAAGUUGUUUUCAUCUACACCCAUCGUUUUUCUUUGCUGUUAGCUCGGCUAGUUUAAAUUAAUAGAAUAUUUGAAUUCAAGUCAUUUGAAAGUUUUGUCUACAAAUUAAAGCUGCAUUUUAGUUAUUCAAAUUUAGGAGAUUGUUUUACUUUCAUUUGUGGAUUUUUAUGCCAGUUCCUUAAUGUUUGAGAUAUAAUGGUGAGGAGUGAAUGUAAACAGACGUGCCCUUUUUCAAUGUUUGCCUUAAGACCAGUGAGGUCAAAGGUCACGAGCUGUUAAUGGUAGUGGGUUUGUAACAAAGAUGUUUUGACAUGUAUCGUCUACCUUUUGUAUUAAAACAUGU